GAUAUACCCCAAGGGAGGAGGGCGGUGCAUGCCGCGCAACCACCCAGACGGCGGGUGGAGAGAUGCCCAAUCCUUCAAGUGGAGGCCUAACAACGGGGCUCGGGUGACGGAAAGAGCCCAUGCACCUUUCCACUCCCAAUGGCACCGCAGGACGCUGGCUGCGGACUUCAAACUUUUCACCGCCCCCUUUGACUUCCCCGUGGACGACGCCCCUGCCCACCUGCAGAUGGAGUUGGUGGAGCUGCAGUGCAACGAUGAACUGAAGGCGAAGUUCCGCACCUCUUCUCCGCUGUCCUUCUUCCGUGACCUCGUCCUCCCUUCUAGCAAUUUUCCAAAAUACAUUGGGCGUGUUCAACGCAUCGUGGCCACGUUUGGUAGCACCUACUGUUGCGAACAGCUCUUCUCCAAAAUGAAGUACACGAAGUCUCACCUUCGCUCCCAACUCUCGGACCUCCACCUCAACGACAUUCUUCUGUUGUCUACCUUAUCCAUCGAGCCAGACAUUGAAACACUUAUUCAUGGCAAGCAGCACCAGCCGUCUCACUGAUUUGUACGUUUUUUCAAUAAAAUUCU